UUGACCUUACACCGACUCCAUAACAAGAAAUGGCAUGGCUUCUCCAAUUCCAAGCAAUUGCUGGGUUCUUUGCCUCACUUCUUCUCUACAAGCUAUGGAUGAUCAGGGCCACUAGUAAGAAGGCUAAGAGCAAGGAAGCACCGGAGCCAGCUGGUGGAUGGCCGGUAAUCGGUCACCUCCACAUGCUCGGCGGGCACGAGCCGUUCAUGCGACAGCUCGGAGCCAUGGCCGACAAGUAUGGUCCGGCCUUCACACUACGGCUAGGCGUGCAUCGCACGCUCAUCGUUAGUGGACCUGAGGUCAUAAAGGAAUGCUUAACAACCAAAGACAAGGUCCUCGCUAGCCGUCCAACUAGCGCGUUCUCUGAGUACUUAGCCUACAACUACGCUGGAUUCGGCCUUGCGCCAUAUGGGCCCUACUGGCGCGAUAUUCGCAAGAUGGUCACGCUGGAGCUCCUCUCAAGCCGUCGGAUCGAUAUGUUCAAGAAAAUCUGGAUCUCUGAGAUCGACAGAAGCAUGAAAGAGCUUCAUGAGCUGUUGGUGAAGAACAAUCUGAAUCCAGUAAAGGUAGAGAUGAAGCAAUGGUUUGGAGAACUGGCAUUCAAUGUGGUUGGGAUGAUGAUUGCCAGGAAACGGUACUUUGGGACGACAGCAUCUUUGACAGAUGUGGAGGAGGCGGGAAGGUUUCGGAAGGCAAUGGCCGAAGUGAUUUAUCUUUUGGGGGUGUUUGUUGUGUCGGAUGUGCUGCCUUUCCUGAAGUGGAUUGAUUUCUUAGGGCAGAAGAGGGCCAUGAAAAGAUUAGCCAAGGAAAUGGACUCCAUCCUGGUUAGCUGGCUAGAGGAGCAUCGCGAAAGAAGACGAUCUGGCUCUGUUGAGGGUGAGCAUGACUUCAUGGAUGUGAUGAUAUCAUGCAUGGAUGAUGCGCAAUUCUUUAACUAUGACCCAGACACCGUCAUCAAGGCAACUUGCGAGGCACUUAUCAUAGCCGGCUCAGACACUACAACAGCUUCACUGACGUGGGCCCUCUGUUUACUGCUAAACAACCGCGACGUGUUAAAGAAGGCCCAAGAUGAGCUGGACAUCCACGUUGGCAGGGAUAGAGAGGUAGAUGAGUGUGACAUCAACAACCUUGUGUACCUCCAAGCCAUCGUGAAGGAAACCCUACGCUUGUACCCUUCAGCCCCAGUCUCAAUUCCACACGAAGCUACGGAGGAUUGCCAAAUAGGCGGCUUCCACGUCCCAGCUGGCACACGCUUAUUCGUGAACCUAUGGAAGCUACACCGGGAUCCAGACGUGUGGUCCGAUCCCUCCAAGUUUCAGCCAGAGAGAUUUAUCGGUGGAAAUGCGGAUGUAGAUUUUAAGGGCCAACGCCUCGAAUAUAUACCUUUUGGUGCAGGAAGGAGAUCGUGCCCUGGGUAUGCUUUGGCCCUUAAAAUCUUGCACUUGACGCUUGCUCGGCUGCUUCAUGACUUCGACAUAACAACCCCGAAUGAUGCUCCUGUUGAUAUGAGUGAGGGAAUAGGCCUAACCCUCCUAAAAGCAACCCAAAUGGAAGUCAUCCUUACUCCUCGCCGUUCUUCAAAGUCCAAUCUAAAUGAUCCAGUCCUGCCCUCGGGACCAUAAUGCUUCACCUUUUUCCACUACCCCCAAACCAUCUAAAAUGUAAGUGUCAUUGUGAAUAUCACCUAGCUAGUGAUGAAAUAAAGCUGGUCAAGUAAUCAGGUGGGCCAAAUAUUUGGCAUUCGAGUAAUUUACCAGUGGGGCCCCAUAUGAUGAUUGGAUCAUCCUCUUUUCAUGUGGAUGUCUACGACAUGUUGGUUAAAAUAGAAAGGUGUAGUAAGGUAAAUUUAUGGUACAAGGGCAAUACCUAAUCAUUUCUCUUUAAUAGCAUGUCUAUGACUGUUCUAUUCCUUGAGUGAAAUGCUCCCUUUU